UCUAGUACGAUUCAAUCCAGACAGAGAAAGAUGGAGAAGCCAGCGGCGGAGACCACAAAAGGCAACGGUUUGGGGGUUUUUCCCGAAGAUUUGGAGUACCAAUCGGGAUUCGGCAAUCAUUUCUCGUCGGAGGCGAUCGCUGGAGCUUUGCCACGUGGCCAAAACAGUCCUCUUAUUUGCCCUUUUGGACUCUACGCUGAGCAGAUUUCUGGCACUUCCUUCACUUCUCCUCGUAAGCUUAAUCAGCGCAGUUGGUUAUAUCGAAUCAAACCAUCGGUUACUCACGAGCCGUUUUGGCCUCGUGACUCAAGUCAUAAGAAGCUUGUGAGUGAAUUCGACGGGUCCAACACGGUUGCAAACCCUACUCAGCUCCGGUGGAAGCCUGUGGAUAUUCCCGAUACGCCGACGGAUUUUAUUGAUGGUUUGUUCACGAUAUGUGGAGCUGGCAGCUCAUUCCUUCGACAUGGAUAUGCUAUUCACAUGUACACUGCCAACAAAUCAAUGGACAAUUGUGCCUUCUGCAAUGCAGAUGGUGACUUUUUGGUAGUUCCCCAGCAAGGAAGGCUAUGGAUCACUACUGAAUGUGGAAGAUUGCAGGUCUCUCCUGGUGAAAUUGCUGUUUUGCCUCAAGGCUUUCGCUUUGUUGUAGAUUUGCCUGAUGGCCCAUCGCGUGGUUAUGUUGCUGAGGUUUUCGGUACCCAUUUUCAACUUCCUGAUCUUGGUCCGAUAGGUGCUAACGGUCUUGCUGCUUCAAGGGACUUCCUUGCUCCCACAGCCUGGUUUGAGGAGCACCCCCGCCCAGGGUUUACUAUUGUACAAAAGUUUGGAGGAGAACUUUUCAAUGCAAGACAAGAUUUUUCUCCUUUCAAUGUAGUUGCCUGGCAUGGUAAUUAUGUCCCAUAUAAGUAUGAUCUUAGCAAGUUCUGCCCUUACAAUACUGUUUUAGUUGACCAUGGCGAUCCUUCAAUAAAUACUGUUCUGACAGCACCAACUGAUAAACCGGGUGUGGCAUUGCUUGAUUUUGUCAUUUUCCCUUCGAGAUGGUUGGUUGCUGAACACACAUUCCGACCUCCAUAUUACCAUCGUAAUUGCAUGAGUGAAUUUAUGGGCCUAAUAUAUGGUGGAUAUGAGGCAAAAGCUGAUGGAUUUCUGCCUGGUGGUGCUAGUCUUCACAGCUGCAUGACUCCACAUGGUCCUGAUACCAAGACAUAUGAGGCUACAAUUGCACGAGGAAAUGAGGCAGGACCUCACAAGAUCACUGAUACCAUGGCCUUUAUGUUUGAAUCAUUUUUAAUGCCUAGAACCUGUCCAUGGGUUCUUGAGUCCCCCUUCAGGGAUCAUGAUUAUUACCAGUGUUGGGUAGGACUGAAAUCCCACUUUUCUUGCGAAAAAGCAAAUGGUAAAAGCAAUGACUUGGCGGAAUGGACUCCAUGAAAAAAGCCACCAUGGUUGAUUUGGUCUUGAAAUGUUAACCUUGGGCUCAAGCUCUUGUCUAGUUAACUAGCAUGUGCAUAUACGUAGUUAGCAGAAAGGGUCAGGGAAGAUGGCAGGGUGGUUUUGUUGUUCUUGAGCUCUUGCUUAUGUGCUAUGAUUGUCUUGGCUCAAAAUAAAUAUACGAAAGUACAAACUGUGAUUGCUACAGUACAUGAAAAUAUAUCGAUAUAUAUGCAUUUGAUA